AUGAUGGAUUACGGUGGUUAUUUCACUGCUCAAUCCGGUGACAGAAAUGACGUGACACACGGCGUUAAUCCUUUCAGUCUAAAUCCUGGCUUAAGUUUUGGAACUAGUUCGAACCCCGGAAACGGGAUAUCCUGCGGCAAUCAUGUACAACAACAACAACUGUAUGGACAAUAUGCAAAUACCUAUGGACCUUUAGCUGGCUCUGCCCGAAGUCUUGGUAAUGGUCAUCAUGCUAUAAUUCCAUCGACUAUGAAUGCGACAACAUCAUCAUCGGGAACCAUAGGAACAAAUAACUCACAGGUUUACCGGCCGACUGGCUCACUUCAAGCGUUCUUUCAGUCAGGCCUUCCAUACAAACUGUACCAAAAUCAAGCCACACUUUUACCUGGAACAAAUGCAGUACGUUCAACAUCUGCAAGUUUAAUGGCUGGUAUACCCGGACCAUCCCUUGUCGGCGCUAUAUGUGGGAGUGGAAACCCUUCCGAAAGGCGAAAGCAAAGACGGAUCCGCACAACUUUUACCACUGGACAAUUGAAAGAAUUAGAACGAGCAUUUCUAGAGACCCAUUAUCCAGAUAUAUAUACAAGAGAAGAUAUAGCCAUGCGCAUUGACCUUACUGAAGCCCGUGUGCAGGUCUGGUUCCAAAACCGUCGAGCAAAAUACCGGAAACAUGAGAAACAACGCCGAAUAAAAGAAGGUAGCGCGUCAGAUGUCGACCUCAGAACAGACAACAACCACCCUAAAAGUGACUCCGAUACCGGAUCCCCUUCGACCGGCAACCACGCCAUACAAAACAACGGCUUAUCAUUAACCGGCAUAUCAUGA